UGUCAACUGCAUCCCCAAAUUCUUGUACUAAUUGUAGUCCCCUCUCGGGCAGGCAGAGAAAUUUAUAGCAGUCCCUCCCACCCGUCUCUCUUUCUCCUCAACUACAACUACCAUCGCCAAAACUCAGGAAGACUGUUUUUGUCUCUCAUUGUGGGGAAUUUAUCUAUAGGCCAAUGGAUUGCUCGUCGGAGCAGCUCUCGGAAUCGCCGGAGUGUGCUUACAAGCUCCUCUUCAAGGCCAUCUCUAUGAUACCCAAAUCGCACUUUGCGUGCUUUCUUAUCUUCUUUUUUCUUUAUUUCCUUUACAAUUUCCUGGAGUUCCAUUUUCUGGAGGAUGCCUUUACUGCUUUUCGUGGCUCGCCGAUUUCGCUUACUUAUAACCCCGCAUCCGAGAUUUACCAGGACGUCGUCUCCAAGUGCCGGAUCUUACACGGCAGGUAUUUAGCCACGCCAUGGAUGUCGAGUCCUCAUAUUCAGACUACACUUUUGAAUUUCUUUGGGAGGCCUCCUGCUGUUACCUAUACACGACAAUUAUACCGUGCGACUGAUGGUGGUACUAUUGCUUUGGAUUGGCUGCUGUAUUCUGAUGGUAAUGAAAAAUUUUUGGGAGAUGGAAGGUUGAAAGAUAGUUCUAUAUCCAAAGAUGAUACGACUCCCAUUGUGAUCAUCAUACCAGGAUUAACCAGCGACUCAACAGCUCCUUACUUAAAGCAUCUAGCUUGGGGAACCGCAAAAUGUGGAUGGAAUGUCGUUGUCAGUAAUCACAGGGGCCUGGGAGGCAUUUCUGUUACUUCUGAUUGCUUUUAUAAUGCUGGAUGGACGGAAGAUAUCAGGGAGGUUAUUCAUUAUCUCCAUCGAGAACAUCCAAGGGCUCCACUCCUCAUUAUUGGAACCAGUAUUGGUGCCAAUAUUCUGGUAAAAUUUCUUGGAGAGGAUGGUGAGAAUAUUCCUAUUGGUGGUGCUGUUGCUAUCUGCUCACCAUGGGACCUUCUGAUUGGUGACAGGUUCAUAUCUCGCAGGCUUGUGCAGAAGCUAUAUGACAGAGCCCUUGCAAUUGGUCUCCAAGGUUAUGCCAAAAUGCAUGAACCUCAAUAUACCCGUCUUGCAAAUUGGGAAGGCAUUGAAAAGUCACGCUCCAUUAGGGAUUUCGACAAUUAUGCUACUUGCCACGUUGGGAAAUUUGAGACUGUGGAUACAUACUAUCGACAUUGUAGCAGCUCUAGUUUUGUCGCAAAGGUGGCAGUGCCACUUCUCUGUAUUAGCUCUCUUGAUGAUCCCGUCUGUACAAAAGAGGCUAUUCCUUGGGAUGAAUGCAGAUUGAACAAAAAUAUUGUCUUAGCUACAACAAAACAUGGUGGCCAUCUUGCAUUUUUUGAAGGACCAACAGCUUCUGGCCUCUGGUGGGUUAGGGCAACUUGUGAAUAUCUCAGCGUUCUGCUUUCUAGUUCCCACAUGCAUAUACAAAAGAAGACGAUGUCAUGCGUUCCACUUGAAUGUUCUAUUGAUCAAGGGCCAUAUCUGAAUGUAACUGAUGGAAUGGUAGCUGCGGUUGGGAAUGAACUGAUAACACAUGUUCAAGAAUUCAAGCAAUUGCAAAACACUUUGACUGUUGAUUUGGAUUCAAGUACAAAAGUAGUUUCUGAUUGCUCAAAUAAAGAAGCCAAGACCACCAGCAGCCCACCAUUGGUGGACUUGAAGUCUUCGAAAAUAUUCACUACAAUGAGGCAACAAUUGGAUCGUAUUGUUCAACAAAGUAAUGCUUCGUUUUGGAUUCUUUCUUAUAUUGCUGUAUUAUCCACUCCUUUGUUGGGUGUAGCUCUUCACUUCAUCUUCAAAAGGAAAUUCAAGAAUGCAAUGGUUAGGAAACUGGUGGGAUGAUGGCUACCAGUUCGUUGACCAUUAGAGUUCCUUCUUUUAACAUGAUUGAUGCUCUUGGGAUAUUUUGUGUAAAGUGACGUUCUUGGGAUAAUCUGGCAAGAUCUAGACUAAGAAGCAAUAUAAUUGUAAAUUAUUUGUUUGAAUGAAGAAAGGUUUUAUGAAUUAAAAUGAGAGUAUUUGGGCUAAUGUUUAAAUACUCUUAGUAAUAUAUUGAAUACUUAGUAUUUUAAUUGAUUAUUGA